CUAAUUUUCCUUGUUUUAUAGUGUUGCGAAGAUGACUGCUUUGCGCUUUGUUAGAUCGGUCUGGGAGUCCUUUCGGGCAACCUCGGGCCUAGAGCCUCGUCUAUUGAACAAUCUGCAAGUGACUGCUGCCAGACCUGGCAUUGUCAACUUUGAAUUGGAUGUUCAGAAGGAGCAUACGAACCGCUUGAAUAUCCUCCAUGGAGGCACAAUUGCCAGCAUGGUCGACCUUGGUGGGUCCUUGGCCGUGGCCUCUCGGGGUCUCUUUGCGACGGGUGUCUCGACAGAUCUCAGCGUGACAUACCUGAACUCCGGAGGAAAGAUUGGCGACAAGAUCUUGGCUGAGGUCACCUGUGACAAAUUUGGUAAAACCCUUGCAUACACCAACAUCAAGUUCACCAACCCUGGAGGCGACAUUGUCGCAAGAGGGAGCCACACGAAAUUUGUCGCACUCGCCUGGAAGGAUCCGCAGAACAUCGUUGAACAGCUGAAGGAGCUCAAGGAGCUCAAUGAGCAAAAUGAGCAAAAGUCCUGAUACCAUUCACGCCAUAGAUCUUGAUAGCUCUGAUGCUAUGUCGCUUUGUGGUAUAUAGGAGACUUUGUAUAGACUACAUGGAAAUAAAGAAUGAAUCUCAAUGUAUGACUGGGAGUAUAUGUGCUAGCUUAGGCGCCUUUUAUGGGAAGGCACCGGAAGGUGACCUCCACUUUCUC